AUGUUUGCCACCCUCUAUUACAUCGUCAUUUGUCUCCUUGACUGCCUCUCGUUUGCACGCGACGCGCUUCUCCAAAGGCACCCCACUGAGCUUACCAUCGAACUCAGUGAGACCACUCUCAAUGAGAUGGAGGGUAACCUCCGCUUCGUUGCUUCUGCUUCUGCAUUGAUAGAUCCUUGUCUCUUUGACGGGUAUGUUGUGCCCCAACUUCCCAUCUUCACAGCUUCUCUUGCUGCUGGAGACUCAGCGAUAGAUCCUUCUCUCUUUAACGGUCCAAAGCAGGACGUAGGGUCGAUGUUGCUCAUGAAGAUGAAGGGGCUCAAGAGGGAGCGCAAGGAGGUGGUUGCUACCAGGAAGAAGGCCAAGCAGGAUGCUCCGACCAAAGGGGGAGAAAGGAGGGGGCAGGAGGUGGGAUCGAUGUCGCUCAUGAAGAUGAAGGGACUCAAGAGGGAGCACAUGGAGGCUACUGCUACCAGGGAGAAGGCGAAGCAAGACACUCUGGUCAAGUGGGGAGAAGGGAGGGGGGGCAAGGGGGCAGAUGGUGGUGCUAGCGGUGCUCAGGAGUAG